UAUAUCUAUUUUUGUUAAUAGAGGAAAGUGAUGAAAAAGGAAGGGACGUAGUCUUCCUUUUAGAUGGAUCUGAUAAUACCAGCAAUGGAUUUUCAGCCAUUCAAGAUUUCCUGUACAGAGUAAUAGAAACACUUAAUAUUGGACCAAAUAAAGACAGAGCUGCUGUGAUUCAGUUCAGCAAUGUUGCACGGGCAAAUUUCUUUUUGAAUUCAUUCAUGAGGAAGGAAGAUGUUCUAACAGCUGUCAGAAGGCUCUCACACAAAGGAGGAAGACCUCUCAAAAUGGGUGCAGCACUAAAAUAUGUUAAAGAAAAUGUAUUCACAGCUGCCUCAGGGAGCAGAUACAAACAAAACGUACCACAAGUUCUUGUUGUUUUAAGUAGUGGACCAUCAAGUGAUAGUGUGGAUUUACCUGUCGCUUCGCUAAAAGAAAACAAUGUCACAAUAUUAACCAUUGGAACAAAAAACUCUGAUCACAAGGAAAUGGGGAAGAUAUCACAUGCUCCAAGUUACGCUCUAUCAGUUUCUGAAAUGGCUGAACUUCCACAUCUACAAGAACAAGUUGUUGCUGCAAUGAGAGAAGAAAAAAUGAAAAAUGAAAUUUCAAAAACAGAAGUGAUAGUGGAGAGAAAACCAACUGGAAAGGAUGUUGUGUUCUUGUUGGAUGGGUCUGAAGACACUAGAAGUGCAUUCCGAGCUAUGCGAGACUUUGUCCAAACAGUAGUAGAGACACUCAGUGUGGAUGACAACAAAGACCGUGUCUCAGUGGUUCAGUACAGCAGAGAUCCAGCUGUCCAGUUCUAUCUGAACACGUACACAACAAAAGGCGAGAUCCUUGACACUGUCAGAGGUUUAAGUCACAAAGGCGGAAGACCCCUCAACACUGGAGCAGCACUCCAGUACUUGAGGGAUAAUGUCUUCACAGCCUCUGCCGGAAGCAGGCGCCAGGAAGGAGUUCCACAGGUUUUGGUACUGCUAAGUGGUGGAAGAUCUUUUGACAGAGUUAAUGAACCAGCCUCUGCUCUCAAACAAAUGGGUGUCCAGACCUUUGCAAUUGGAAGCAGGAGGUCUGACAGAGAAGAACUGCAGACAAUAUCUCACGAUCCCAGUAAUGCUCUUUUCGUGUCUGAAUUCACGGAUUAUCCCAAUGUCCAGCAGCAACUUCAGUCCUCCAUGGAGGCUGUGGUUACUGACGUCACAGCAGAAUCACCAACUGGACCUGUUGACACUGCCAAAAAGGAUAUUGUGUUCCUUCUGGAUGGUUCUGAUGGCACAAGGAGAGGCUUCCCUGCCAUGCGUGAUUUUGUUGAGAGAGCUGUAGAGAAACUCAAUGUGGAGCAAAACAAUGACCGUGUCUCUGUGGUCCAGUACAGCAGAGAUCCAGCUGUCCAGUUCUAUUUGAACACAUAUGCCACAAAAGAGGAUAUUGUGGAUUCGGUCAGAGGGCUGAAACACAGAGGAGGCACACCCCUCAACACUGGAGCAUUGUCAAAGUGGCAAUGGCUGACCUCAAUUCAGUAA